CCUGGAAUAUGCUGUUAGCUGGACAGGAUGCGUUCGCAAAUACAAUCAUCCACAAAUCUCCCCCAGAUUAGGUUACAGGACAGCGUUUCGACGGCACGCAUUACAAAGCUCCCUGGAAGGCUUGGCUGGUAGAACUGCUGCUCUCUCUGCUCAUGACCCAUUUUGGCUUUCAUCGAGAAUCAUGACACCAGAUGCCUGGGUCAUCUAGGAGGCAGAGAGGGGGAGAGCAACCCUGGGCUGUAGAGGGAAGUAGGGAAGGAGAAGAGAAGGAGGAGGAGGAAUGGGGAAGAUAGAAAGAGCAGGGGGAGAGAGAGUAAGUGAGUUGUUUUAGUCCAGUUGUGAAGAUUUGAGUGCCAGUUCCGAGCUCCCGGCAAAGGCUUGCUGGGAUACCUCAUUCCCUGUCUUGUGCAAAGACCAUGUCCACUGGGUCCCUCAGUGAUGUGGAAGAUCUGCAGGAGGUGGAGAUGCUGGAGUGCGAUGGCCUGAAAAUGGAUACUAACAAAGAGUUUGGGGCGUCCACCGAGAGCAACGAGGAGGGAUCCAAUGGCGAGAAUGGCUCCCCUCAGAAGGGGAGAGGGGCCUCGGGCAAGAGGAAAAAAGCUCCCCCCAAGAAGAGCCCUUUAAAUGGAGUGAGCCAGGAGGGAAAGCAGGUACAGAGAAAUGCUGCCAACGCCAGGGAAAGGGCGAGGAUGAGGGUCCUUAGCAAAGCCUUCUCCAGGCUUAAGACCACCCUACCCUGGGUGCCCCCAGACACCAAACUUUCCAAACUGGACACCUUGAGGUUGGCCUCCAGCUACAUCGCUCACCUGAGGCAGAUCCUGGCCAAUGACAAGUAUGAGAACGGCUACAUCCACCCAGUGAACUUGACUUGGCCUUUUAUGGUAGCCGGCAAACCCGAGAGUGACCUGAAAGAAGUGGUGAACACAAACCGCUUGUGCGGCCCGACGGCAUCCUGAGCCCCGCGGCCGGGCCAGCAGCGUCCGACCGGGCAGGGACCCGCCGCGGCCCCGCCGCUGCCCCGGGCCCCGGCCAGAGCCACGGGGAGAGCCGCUCUCCCGGCGCAGAGGAGAGAAAUGUGCCCUAGCAAAGACUCCAUCCACCCCGAGAGAUCCUGACUCUAUUUAACUUUAUUAAAUGCGUGUACAGUCGAGUGUCCUGCAGCCACAGCCUUGCUGGUUCAAGAGCUACUAGAGAAAAGACAGAGAUCAAACAAAACCUACCCCGCGUGUAUCUUUUGUCUGAGACCUGUGAAAUAUGUAGAUGCCUAGAAAAACUGACUUUGACAGUCAUCUCUAUGAAGUAAUUCACCCUAAAGAUAUAUAGAUAUAUUUUCUUCAAGCAGAUUCUGCCGUAUUUCUGUGAAUAAACCUUCCUUUCUACUGAACACGGAGCGGUGUUAAGUGUUCGUUUGAGACUCUCGGGCUCGGCGGGGGAAGGACUGAGCCUCCGUCGGCUCCGCCGCUCCACGAAGCGGCCGCGCUCCGGGGAUCCCGCCUCUCCGCCCCGGGACAUUGGAGGUCUGCUUCCCCGGAGCUAAAGACCUGGAGCAAACCCCUGGGGGAGGGGGUGACUGGGUCCGCAGCUCGCCGCGGGAGCCCGGCCCUGCUCCGCAGCCCGGCGCCCAGGCGCUGCGGGAGCCGCCCCCGCCGCUCCGGCCGCUCCGCUCCGCGGGGACGGGAGCAGCGAGCUAUUGAUGAAGUACAGUCGGUCCUCAGCGCCGGGAAUUUUUAACUUAAACAUCUCCUCUCUAUCGAUCAGCGCGCCCGUGGGAGAUGAGGCUGAGAUAAACAGGAGUGCCGGGCGCUCCCCCUGCACCGGCAGCGGCCGCCGGCAGCUGAUGCGCCAGAUCCCACCGCGCUGUUUAAUGUUUCAGGGUUAUGACCGCACUGUUUACAAGAUGUCUUCGGUUAUUUAUACUGUUAUUAUUAGCAGAGGGGCUUUAAAUUUCCGCCUCACUUGCUCUUUCAAUACCAUCCCUCGGUUCCGUUUGAUACCUGGGUACUUUCUUGCCGAAAGCAGAAGAGGGGCAGCAGGGGCUGCAGGGCCGUCCCCCGGACCGAGCCGUCUGUCCCGCUAGUUGCGGGGGCCGGCGCAGGGCCCGGGGCGCGGUCACAGGCAGCGCAGGGGCCACAGACCCUGCCGGGGCUCCCUCCCCCGGUAUCUCCCGCAGGCCGGUGUUGAGCUGCCCCGGGCAUCCGUGCAGCCUGGAUUGUGUUAAUUCUCAUCCCCCACUUUCCCCCGAGAUAACUGGACGAGGUGGUGCGUCCUCCAGGCGACCCAAAUUCACCAGUCGGGUUCAUGCGUGGGCUAGGUUAGGUUUAAUUAAAGCAGCUCGCUGUGAACAGAGGGCUGUGCAAACAUCUCGGCCCUCAUUAUGAAAAGGGCCAGGACCUGCUGUAUCAUCCUAAUGGCUGUGAAGGAGAAAGCUGUUUAAUCUCACUUUUGCGCAGCUUUAUCUCCAUGCCACACAAUUAAGAGCAGACCUCUGUGCCUGGCCUAACCACGCGCAAUUUCUCUGUUGUGGACGGGGCUGUGCCAGGUGAGAAGUGCUCUUACACACGGGGGCUUGACUGACUCUGCGGCCACACACAGACCCGGGACAGCCGCUGAGGAGACGGGCCGCUCUGGUAACCCCAGCUGAACAGGCUGGUUUGCUGAUUUCUUUGCCCUAGGCACUGGAAAAUUGCUGGUCUGUUAACGGGAGACAGAAUAGAAGCUCCCCGGCUUAAGCUGAGUGCAGGUGACUGAUAGAGCCAAGGCACACUUUAAACUCUAAAUUUACUCAAAAACUAACCAUUGGAUUUAACCACUCCAAAUCUCAAAUGCAUACUAACUAAUGCCUGGUCAAGACUCAUAGCAAGGUGUUGAUUUCCUUCUAGAAAGCAGAAAUCGAUAUGCAUCUGAGAUAUGCAUGAAAUUGAGUUAAAUUCUGAAUAUUUUAACACACACUUCUUUGCCACCCUGUCUUGCAAUGCUUGCUAACUGCACUCAGCAUCUUCCCACCUAAUUAACCAUAUGCAGUGUUGAAGAAAGGGAAUGCAGCAUUGAAGAAAGGGAAGGGAGGAAUGCAGUGGUACCCCGUGAAAUGUGAGGAACACAGCCGUAACCAUGUGCCAAAAGCUGCAGGAACAGUAAGUGUUGAAGAUGCUUACUGUGUAAACACCGGCAGUAGACACCGUUGCUUCUCGUUUUGCUGUUUGCUUUAUGUAGCAGUCUACAUUGCAGAUCUCUUGGGGACAAAUUAUUCCUCGAGCAUCCUUGCACCUUCUUUAGUCCUUGCCUCUGAGCAACAGUUCAGCAACAAAGAAACAAAAAGCAACAAGAAAUAAAAAAAAAAAACAACCAGCAGUACACAGAAAGGUAAAUAAUGACUUUACUCUGACUAUAAAACAAUUAGUGGCUUUAUCUCAAAUUUGAAGACAAUGAACAUAUUUUCCAGAGGCAUUUAUGUAGCUGGGAACUCCUGGUCCAGAGAGCUCUUGUUUUUAAGGGCACAGACCCGACAGUGAUGGCACAGCGCUGGCAGCUGGCCUCAACAGCCCAAGUUUCUCAGAUGAAUUAAGAGUUCUACUACGCACUUCAGGAGAACAAUGAAUGAAAUUAUUCUACCCUGCUGCUGAGUGCAAUUUUACUGCAAAAUAUUUGCAAACAGAAAACGUAUGUUUAGUCUGACUGAAGCAAUUUAUACCUUUUAAAGGAACUCGCAAAUGUGCCAAGGAAAAGAGGGAAUAGGUUUAAAUAUUGAUGUCAAUGACUUUAAAGAAAAUAUUUUGUUUGCUUUCUUGCUUUUCUGUACAAAGUGAUACAUUUUAAUAUUUACCAAAAUAUACCCCCUUUUCAUGUGGAAAAAAAGUUGACUUGGUUUAUCUUUCUGUAUCUACAUGGAUGUAGAUGCAGCUGUGUGAGUGUCUGUAUACAUUCCCUCCUAGUAAUGUUUGAACUCAUUGCCUGAUUUCAGCUAGAUUUGACAGAGGUCUCAAAGAUAACUAAAUUACUAUAAUUUUUAAUAUUUGUGUGUGCAUGUGUGAAAACAGGCAUCUGAGUAAAGAAAAAGUCUAUAAAUUUUGCAGCUGAAGGAAGGGUUUCAACAUGAGCUCAGCUUCUAUUGGAUUUGAGAGCAUAUAGAACAGAGAGUCAGCUGUAAAUGAAGCUCUGAACGCUGCUUCAGUCACAGGAUACAAGUUCAGAGAAAACUUGCUUAUGGACCUACAUGUUUUAAGAUAAGAACUCUAUAAAAGUAGUUUAGUUCUGUUUGAUUUUAAUACUAA